ACGAAAUAAUAUUGUUACAAAAGUAGUAUUAAGUUAUAUUUGUAUUACUAUAUGCAUCCCUGAUUAUGAACAAUAGCUGUAGGUAUAUGGAAUAGCAUUUGUCUUCUUGUAGACAUCUGGCGCCACGGCUGUCUGCUCGUCGAAACAGUAAACAUCUGGCGCCGCACUGUCUGCUUGUCUAGGUAAACAAUUGCUGAGUCUGGCGCCGCGACUGUCUGCUUGCGUCUGGCGCCGUAUAGCCGUAUGUUCUGGUAAUUUCCAGACGCGAUAUUCUAGAAGGACACGUCGGCAUCAGCGAGAAGUGCGUGGCUAUAUAAGCCGUGGCAGCGCCAACGUAAUCAAUCGGUGCUAAGAGUAAACUGCUAUAGUGUAGACGAGUUGUGAAAUAAAGAGUUGUUGAAUUAAAUUAAACAGUGUUGAUUUUAUUUGUCAAUCCAGAGAUACGAACCUAACAAAGUAAACUAGCAAGAGUAAAUUCGUAACAAUUGGUGUCAGAAGUGGGAUUGUCAAAUAAUCCAAAUUCAAGAUGGUUAAAUUCGGAGAAUUGAGAAUUCAGCAAUUAAAAAAAGAACUGGAGGAGCGUAAUUUGCCGAUAAGCGGGCAAAAGGCGGAUCUGCAGGCACGAUUACGUGAAGCAAUGGAAGCGGAUGGAAUUAAUGUGGACGAGUUCGAAUUUAAUGGGCCAGAAACUUCUACAAAGGUAGAAGAAAAAGUAGAAGAACAACGAACAUCAUCAAGUGCAGACACGAACAUGCUGUUAGUGGCUAUUAAGCAAAUAAUAGCUGAAAAUAUAUCACAAAUAACAGAAAAUGUAGUGCAAACAGAAAAUCGUUUGGCACAGCAAAUGACGCAAAUAGCUGAAAAUACAUCACAGUUAGAGUCUCGCCUUACACAACAGAUUACGGAAAAUACUACGCAACUACAAAAACAAGUGCAAGAGAAAUUUUCAAAAUUUGAAGACGAAUUAAGCACUUUAAAAAAUGGCGAAGAAAAUUUAAAAUCAGAAGUUCUGCAAUUAAGUAAUCGUGUGCGAGAACUGCAACUACAUGGCCCUGCACCAUCAACAAAUAAUCAAAGAUUGAAGGCACUCACAUUCGAUGGAAGUAUUCCAUUUCAAAUUUUCAAACUUCAGUUUGAAAAGACAGCGAUGGCCAAUAACUGGAAUACAGCGGACAAAGUGGCGUCCUUGUUUGUAUCAUUGAAAGGACCUGCGGCAGAAAUCCUUCAGACUAUUCCAGACUGUGAACGGGACAACUAUGAGGCAUUGAUGAGUGCGAUAGAAAGACGAUAUGGCAGUGAGCACCGGAAACAAAUAUACCAGAUCGAACUGCAAAAUAGGGGUCAGAAGAUGAACGAGUCAUUGCAAGAGUUUGCAACUGAAAUAGAACGACUGGCUCAUUUGGCAAAUGCAGAUGCACCUGUGGAUUACAUUGAGAGGGUAAAAAUUCAAUGUUUCAUAAAUGGAAUUCGUGAUGUGGACACCAAACGCGCCACAUAUGCAUUGCCAAAAAGAACGUUUGCUGAAACGGUUUCGCACGCCCUCACACAGGAAACAGCUUCCCUACUAAGUAAACCAGCACACAAAGUACAAAGGGUUGAAAUGGAACAACCCGCGCUGAUGGAAGAAAUAUUGAAGACUCUGAAGACAAUUGCUGCACCGCGAGUAAAUACAACAAGCAGAUGUUUCAACUGUGGAAAAGCGGGUCACUUUGCCCGAAAUUGCAAUAUAAAAGUAAACCCAUCAAAACGGAAACAACCAACAGAUAACCAGGACGGAGCAUCCACAUCUCACAAGUCGUUAAACUAAAACGGAACAGUUCAAAGGGGCGUGAGCUGGUUCCCACAACUAUUUGCCCCGCCAUCUCGAUAUCACAAAUAGGUCGCCAUGACAACAAUCUUACUAUCAAUGGCAUCGUAAAUGGACGACUGUCAACGCUUACUUUGGAUACUGGUGCCACACAUUCAAUUAUCCGACCGGAUGUGGUAAGAGGAACGGUUGAACCAUUAGUCAGUUGCAAGCUUCGAACGGCCACCGGGGAGGAAGCAGCUGUCGCGGGAAAAGUGUUUUGCGAAGUGAUGAUUGGUACCCUGGAAGUUAAUCACACCUUCAUCGUAGCAGAAAUCACGGAUGAAAUUAUAAUGGGAGUAGAUUUCAUGAUUGAUCACGGGGUUACUUUGGAUUUAAACAAGCAAAUGCUGUUUUGCCAGAACAUGGAGAUGCCUAUAAACACCGGAUAUGUGACCAACGUUGAAAGUAAGAGAGUGAUUGUUGAUGAUAAUCAGAGUAUUCCACCAAAAUCUGAGGCGAUUGUAUGGGCUAAAGUGAAUGGAGGAGGUGGGACUGAAGAAUUGUGGAUUGUGGAACCAACAAAAAUAGAUACACCCAUAUUGGUAGGAAGAACGCUUGUGAAAACUAGAGAAGACGCUACCAUUCCGGUCAAAGUAGUGAAUGAAUUCAACACGCCUAUAAGGCUGAAGAAAGGAGCAGUAAUUGGACAGUGCCAGAAUAUAAAUGCAAUAGCACGAUGCGAACGGUCACAACAGAAGCCUACUAUUGAGCCACAGCAGAUAAGUCCUACACUCCUAAACAAUUUGUUGAAUGAGGUGCAUGGAAAUGAAAAAUUAAAAGAAGAAAAACUAUUACAAAAAUACGCAUCCAUAUUUGCAAACGAAGGAAACAACACAGGAAGAACCGGCAUUGUCAAACAUCGCAUAAAUACCGGAGACGCUAGACCAAUCCGACAAGCUCCGCGUAGGGUUCCACUAGCGAAACGGGAGGAUGCUAACAAAAUUAUUGAAGACAUGCACAAAAACGGUGUAAUCGAACCUUCAAUAAGUCCAUGGAGCUCACCCAUCAUCUUAGUUAAAAAGAAAGAUGGUAGCACCCGUUUCUGCGUAGAUUAUAGGAAGUUGAUAGAUGUCACAAAGAAAGACAGUUAUCCUCUACCGAGAAUCGACGAUACAUUAGAUACCUUGUCUGGAGCGAAAUGGUUUUCUACAUUAGAUCUACAAAGUGGAUAUUGGCAAGUCGAGAUUGAUGAAUGUGACCGUGGAAAGACCGCUUUCAGUAUGGGCGACGGGUUAUGGGAAUUCUCUGUGAUGCCAUUUGGGUUAUGUAAUGCGCCAGCAACGUUCGAGCGACUGAUAGAACAUGUGUUAAAAGGACUCAACUGGAAGACAUGUUUGGUGUAUCUUGAUGACAUUAUCAUCAUGGGAAAAAGUUUUGAUAAUCAUCUGAAAAAUCUAGAGGGAGUCUUUCAGCGAAUAGCAUCAGCCGAAUUACGCUUGAAUACCAAAAAGUGUUCAUUAUGGAAGAAGCAGGUCACAUAUCUCGGACAUAAAGUGUCAACUGAGGGAAUUCACACCGAGGAGGAAAAAAUAAAAGCAGUUAAAGAUUGGCCUCGACCCACCAACAUACAUGAACUCCGCAGCUUCCUCGGCGUAUGUACGUAUUACCGCCGCUUUGUACCCGGAUUUGCGAACGUGGCUAGAAGUUUACACGAUUUAACAAAGAAGAAUCGCCCGUUUGUAUGGCAGUUGGAACAAGAAUAAGCGUUUGAGCAGCUUAAAGAACUACUUUGUACGGCGCCGAUGUUAGCUUAUCCAAUACCUGGAAAGAAAUUCAUCCUGGAUAGAGAUGCGAGCGCUUAUGGAAUUGGAGGUGUCCUGUCUCAGCUCAUCGACGGGCAAGAAAGAGUAAUUGGGUAAGGAAAGGCUUGUUCCCGAAAUUGCAGACAGCCUGGGAAGGGCCCUAUAUGGUGAUGAAACGACUUAAUGACGUGGUAUACCGCAUACAAAGAAAUGGAAAAGCACGAUGUAAAAUGAAAGUAGUACAUUUGGAGAGGAUCGCCUCAUUUGGUUCAAGAGGAUUUGUGCCUAAUCGGGACGAUUAGGCUUAAGUGGAGGGCAGUGUUACAAAAGUAGUAUUAAGUUUGGUAUUUGUAUUGCUGUAUGCACCCCUUAUUAUAAACAUUGGGCGCCUCUACUUAAACAAUAGAUGCAUUUGGCGCCGCAUAGCAUAAUAUAAAGAGUUGUUGAAUUGAACAGUUUUUGGUUUUAUUCGUCAAUCCAAAGAUACAAACCUAGCAAAGUAAACUAGCAAGCAGUAAAAUCGUAACAAUACAUACAUAUGUACAUACUUAUGUACUAAGUAUAUGCUUUGAUACCACUUAUAUAAUCUGUAAGCAUAAAUUUGUUUACAUUGGAAUUAGAAUUAUUUUUUUCAUUUAACACUGAAAAUGCUCAGUUCUGCUAUUUUCGUGGUAAAACACGCUUAUAAUUUGUCAGUGGUGAGACUCCCUCAUCUCUGCCGAGUUCUCCUUCGAAAAGUUACGAUAUUUGAAACGUGAACUUUCUCUAUGAUAAACGUUCCCUGUUUUGAGCUCUUGAACUGUUGA